AUGGACGGAAGCAAAGGCAGAGUGCCCCGGCGCGCAACAGGCUGCGGGCCGCCAUCACCCAGCGAGCAGGAGUCCGGGUCUGUCAGCACCGACGGUGCACCCGCCGGGGACCGCCCACGGCGCCACGGAAAGGUCCCCGGGACCAGACCCACCACCGAGCCCGCCACCGCUGCCGGGGGUCAGGGGGACCCUAGCGGCCACCGGAAGCCCCCAGCAGGGGGGAGCAGUGGAGGGUCAGGGGGUGAGCCGCCGCUGGAGCCCCCGGGGAGGCCAGGCAGCGAGCGGCGUCGCAGUCUGGACACCAAGGAGAGCGGUGAGCCUCGGGGCGGCCGAGGGGGGCGCGGGGAGCAGGAGAGGCUCGGGGCAGACGGGCGGCAGGGCAAGCGCGGCCGCCGCAGGAGGCGAAAGAAAGAUCGGGGAGCUGCAACCCAUCGGGGCCGCCCGGAAGCCCGGGGUCGCGAUGGCGACACGUCGGGCGGGGACAGGGGCAGCUCCUGCCUGGACAGCGAAGCCCGCGAGCCCCCAGGGGACGGCAGGCGGGGCGGCGAAGCCCCGCAGCUGCGGUCCAAGUCGCGGGGAACGGACACGGGCUCAGGACGGACCACAACUGGGCCGGAGUACGCGCGGGAACCCCGCACCGGGCCCCCAAGCGGGGCCGAGUCAUCGGGGCCCCAGAGACCAGGGGAGGACUCGGGGACCGGGACGGACUGGAGUCUGGAGCAGCCCGGCGCUCCCGGUGGCGGCGGCCUUAGCGCCCAUCCAGCCGCGAAGGACCCAGCCCCUGACGGCUGCUUGAGUUCGGAGGAUCCAGCCGGCGACCCCAAGUUCGCGGUCGUGUUCCCGAGCAUGCACCGCCCGGGAAGGGCGUCCAGCAUCCAGAGCGCAGGAGAAGCGAUCGCGGACGCCGCCGCUGCUGGGGAGGGACGCGUCUGGCCUCGUGCCGAGGCUGCAGGGGACAGUGACGGCCGCGGGGCGAGUGGGCCAGGGGCGGCCGGACCCCGCCCCGACUCCUUCCCACCCUCGACGGGCUCCGACGAGCCCCCGCUCGAAGACAGUGGCUCCAGCAGCGAGGUGGAGCCCGAGGCCUUGGAUGCCGAGGCCCGGGUGCACUGGGCGCAGGGCUCAGACCCCCGCGUGGACCCUGGGCCAGGCUCUGAGCGGCUGCUGCCCCGGCUCACCCUGGAGACCCGCUCGCAGCGGGAGAGGCGCGGGGGCCGCUGUGCAUCCCUAGGGGAUCGGUGGGAGCCGGAGGACGAGGCCGAGGAGGCGCUGGAACAGGACCUGCAGCUGAGCCGCAGGGCCAGACUAGAGGGGCCGCCUGUCCCGAAUGCCGGCCCUGAGGACGUGGAGGAUGUGGCCCGGCUCCGACUGGUGUGUGACAGCUCCGUGCUGCUGUGUCUCAAGACGAGGUUUCACCUGAACCGUAUCUAUACCUUUGGGGGACCUCUCUUACUUGCUCUAAACCCCCAUCGGCCCCUGCCGCUCUUCACACCUGAGAUCCUGGCCAGCUACCACCCCGAGAAGGCUCCCAACACCACCCCACACAUCUUUGCUGUCGCAGAAGCAGCCCUUAGCCAGGCCCAGAGGGCUGAGCGGGAAACUUGCAUCCUCCUCAGGUGUGGGCAUUAGGAGACACUUCUACUUUCUGCCACUGCCCCCUGCAGCGGACACAGCGGUUCAGGGAAGACAGAGAGUGCCAGGAAGGUGAUGUGCUUUCUAAGCAGCCUGGAGCAGGAGCAGAAGAGGGGCAGGUGCCAGCUGGAGAACGUGUUGCCGAUGUUCACAAGCUUUGGCCAUGCAAAGACAGUCCUCAACGCCAAUGCCAGCCGCUCGGGCCAGGUCUCGUGCCUCUUCCUGCAGCGAGGGGUCGUUGUAGGAGCCUCAGUGUCACAUUACCUGCUUGAGACCUCCAGGGUGGUGUUUCAGGCCCAGGGCGAACGGGGCUUCCAUGUCUUCUAUGAGCUGCUGGCGGGGCUGGAGCCCCGGGAACGGGAACAGCUCUCCCUGCAGGGCCCCGAGACCUACUACUACCUCAAUCAGGGCCGGGCCUGCAGGCUCCCGGGCAAGGAGGACGCCCAGGAUUUCCAUCGGCUGGUGAAGGCCCUGCAGGCUCUGGGCUUGGGCCCUGAGGAGCUGGCCGCAGUCUGGACGGUGCUGGCCGCCAUCCUGCAGUUGGGGAACAUUUGCUUCUCCUCUUCAGAGCACGAGUUCAGGGAGGUGGCAGCAGUGUCCAGCUGGGCAGAGAUCCACACAGCAGCCCGACUGCUCAGGGUGCCACCUGACCGCCUGGAGGGUGCUGUCACUCAGAGAGUCCUGGAGACGCCCUACGGCCGAGUCUCACGCCCCCUGCCAGUGGAAGGUGCCAUGGAUGCCAGGGACACCCUGGCCAAGGCCCUGUAUUCUCGGCUCUUUGACUGGCUCCAGAGGAGGGUGAACACACAGCUAGCAGUGCCCAGGGAUGGAGACAGCGUGGGCACCGUCACUGUUGUGGACGUCUACGGCUUCGAGGAGCAGUGUCGGCAGGAGUUGCUGUCCUGGGUGCCCGUUCCCCAGCCUCCUCGGGAGUCCUGCCUGGACCUGCUUGCAGACCAGCCCCACAGCCUCCUGAGUAUCCUGGAUGCCCAGACCUGGCUGUCCCAGGCCACGGACCACACCUUCCUCCAGAAGUGCCACUAUCACCAUGGCAACCACCCCUGCUACGCCAAGCCCCAGCUGCCCCUGCCCAUCUUCUCUGUGCAGCACUACGCUGGGACCGUCACCUACCAGGUUCACAAGUUCUUAACCCGAAAUCGGGACCGUCUCGACCUGGCUGUGGCAGAAAUGCUUGGCCAGAGCCAGCUCCAGCUGGUGGGCAGCCUGUUCCUGGAAGCAGAGCCGGAGCUUGGGGAAGGUAGAGGCAGGCCGACUCUGGCCUCUCGCUUCCAAGAGUCACUGGGGGACCUCCUAGCCCGGCUGCGCAGCCACGUCUCUUUUAUUCAGUGCAUCAACCCCAACCCGGGAAAGCUCCCAGGCCUCUUUGAUGUAGGACACGUGGCAGAGCAGCUGCGCCAAGCGGGCACCCUGGAGGCUGUCUGCAACCGCAGUGCAAACUUCCCUGUUCGCAUCCCCUUCAGCUGCUUCUUGGCCAGCUGCAUCUCCCGCCAGCGCCUCCGCCUCCUUCCCCGGAUGCAGGCUCGCGUGCGUGGGCUCCAGGCCAGGAAGCGAUACCUCCGGCGACGGGCAGCUCUGGGGCAGCUGAACACCAUCCUGCUGGUGGCCCGGCCCCUGCUCUGGAGACAACAGAGACGGCAGCUUGGAUACUCGUGUGGCCGGCACAGGAGCGGGGGCUCAGAAACAACGCCAAGCAUGGAGCUAGGACGCCUGGAGAUCCCGGCGGAGCUGGCCGCCAUGCUAAAGACAGCGGAAGGCCGGCAGCGCGCCCUGGAAGAGAACAUCACAGAGUCACUGCCCCCAGAAGUCCCUGCCCGGCCCAGUCUGGCCCUCCCGCCGGACAUCGACCGUUUCCCCUUCUCCAGCUAUGUCUCCACCAGUUUCCAGGAACCCUCCCUGCCCCGUCCCGGGCAGCCCCUGACCAAGCCCCUGACCCGGCUGGAUGGGGAGAGCCCUCAGCAUGCCCUGGACAUCAACAAGGUGGGGUUGUCUGCCUCGCUGUUACCCGGCCCCCAAUUGCCCUUGCCCUCCCUCAGAGGCCUCGAUGCUCGUCCUCGCGGCUGGUCGGUGUCACUGCACUCCGGGGAGGUCUGGCAGGACCUGGCUGGCUCUGACUUUGUGCUGGACCUGAUUGGGCAGAUGGAGGACCCGGGGGAUGCAGCCAGCCCCCACAGCUACCCCAUCACCUCCCAGGGCUACCCCAUCAACCCUCGAGGCUUGGUCUCUGAAGACAUCCUUACUGCCCCUGGGUUCCAGGCACCCCCGCCGCCCCCAGGACCAGCCCCCACACUGCCUCACAGGGACCGCACAAGGGAGGCCCAGCCGGCGGGGAGCCUGGAUGGCUUCCUGGACCACCUCUUCCAGCCAGUCCUCUCGCCCCGCUUCAGCGAUCUGGAGCAGAGCUGGACCCUUCAGGGCCACAUGAAGGGCGGGGGCUCCAUCGGGCCCACACAGCAGGGUGGCUACCCCAUGGCACAUCCAGGGAUGAUGCAGAUGCCCGGGUACCAACCCGCCAUGAUACCUGCUCCGGUGCCCAUGAUGCCAGCAAUGGGGGCAGUCCCUGCCAUGCCAGCCAUGAUGAUGCCCCAGCCGCCCCAGCCCCUGCUUCCCAGCCUGGACGUCCAGCAACUGGCAGCCCAGCAGCAGAGCUUCAUCAACCAGCAGGCGCUGCUCCUGGCCCAGCAGAUGACCACUCAGGCCAUGACCCUGACCCUGGAGCAUCAGACCCUGCAGCGACAGAGGCAGCCCCAGGCCCAGGCCUCCAGGACCACCUCUCCAGUGUCGCCCCCAAGUCCACGCCCCCAAAUCCAAGCCUCUGUCCCCAAGCCCAAGAAGCCCCCUGUGCCCCGAGAGGAGCCUUUGAGUGCCUGCUCCAGGGAGGAGGCUGAGGAAGAGGCUGAGGACAGGGCCCAGACCAUCAAGAGCUUCCAGCAGAAACGGGACUACUUCCAGAAGAUGGGGCAGCAGCAAAUCAAGAUGAAGACAGCGAGGCCCCCGGCCAAGGUCCAGAUCCCACAGGCAGAGGAGGAGGAGGAGGAGGAGGAAGAGGAGGCCACAAGAGCAGCACCUCAUCCUCAAUGGACAUCCUGGCCUUACCUCUCCGCAGAGUCCCUCCCGCCCCCAGUAACGAGGAAGCCACUGAAACGAGGCACAGCCAAAGCUGCAAAGGAGGCGGAGGCAUUGCCCGCACAGGAGCGCGAUGCGGGCAGUGGCCAAGGGCCUGAGGAGAGUAGGGGGGCCGUAGUGCGCAGCUCGGAGCCCCGAGCCCCGCGGCAACAGCCCAGCCGGGAGAUCCGCAACAUCAUCCGCAUGUACCAGAGCCGCCCAGCGCCUGUGCCCGUACCGGUGCAGCCAUCCAGAUCCCCCAAGGCUUUCCUGAAGAAAAACGACCCCAAGGAUGAGGCGCUGGCCAAGCUGGCUAAACUCGGCAUCAGCGGAGGUGACUCACCCCCCUCGGUGAGCACCCCCACGCCUCCAAAGGACUCCCCACCAGCCCCGGCCCCUCGGCCCAAGGGCCCCUCCAAAUCCAUCAGGGAGAAGCAGGGCCCCCUUCAGGGCCUGUUCAGCCAGACCCCACGCACUCCUGAGGGACUCCCACCUCCACCAGCACCCCCACUGCCUCCGCCUUUGGACCUAGAGACCCAGCCACCUGAGCCCCAUGCCUUAACAGAGCCCAUGGGCGACCAGGGGGUCUCCACCCAGCUGCUGGCACCCUCAGGCAGCGUGUGCUUCUCCUAUGCCAGCGUGCCCUGGAAGUUGUUUCUUCGAAAGGAGGUGUUCUACCCCCGGGAGAACUUCAGCCACCCCUAUUGCCUCCAGCUUCUCUGCAGACAGAUCCUGCUGGACACCUUUGCCGAGUCUUGCAUCCGAAUCUCCCCAGAGGAACGGUGCCGAAUGAAGGACCUGCUGGGGGACCUGGAGGUGGGCCUGGACUCCAUCGCCCUCGCUGAGGAAGGGGUCAAGAAGCGCAUUGUGGUGGCGGCUCGGGACAACUGGGCCAAUUAUUUCUCCCGCAUCUUCCCUGUCUCGGGUGAGAGCGGCAGCGAUGUGCAACUACUGGGUGUGUCCCACCGCGGGCUGAGGCUGCUCAAGGUGACCCGAGGCGCCGGCUUCCACCUGGACCAGCUGAAGACCCUCUGCUCCUACAGCUUUGCGGAGGUGCUGGGCGUGGAGAGCCGGGGCGAGUCCACCCUGGUGCUGACGCUGAGGAGUGAGCAGCUGGUGCUGCACACGGCCCGGGCGGGCGCCGUCAAGGCCAUGGUGGCGCUGUACCUGCGUGAGCUCACUAAGGAUUCCGACUACGUCAUUGCCCUGAGGAGCUACAUCACUGAUGACAGCAGCCUCCUCAGCGUCCACCGUGGGGACCUCAUCAAGCUGCUGCCCAUGGCUGAGCUGGAGCCAGGCUGGCAGUUCGGCUCCAGUGGGGGCCGCUCCGGACUCUUCCCUGCCGACCUGGUGCAGCCGGCAGCCGCCCCCGACUUUUGGCUGGAGCAGCGGAGUGGCCGGCGCCGGAGUCUGCCGCAGCCACGUGGGGAGCCGGGGCCACCUCCUGGGGCCAGAGCCUCGGAGCGCCCCGUGCCAACCCGGAGCCAGGCUCUCAGUGAGGACUGGGAGACCACCAGCCUGCCCUCCUCGCUGGCCCUCAGCUCUCUGCCCACCGACCCCCACAGCUACACCAUGCAGGAAUUCGCCCUGCGCUUCUUCCGCAAGCCCCCAACCUUGCUGGCCCCAGGUGAUGAGGACAAGGCCCUGGCCAGCCUGGUGCAGCACACCAAGGGGCCCAUCCAAGAGUCACUCAUCUGUCUCAGCGACGAGACCGCCAACAGGCAGGCUGUGGAAAGCUUCCGGGCACUGAUGCAGUUCAUGGGGGACCAACCCAAGCCCCGGGGCAAGGACGAGGUGGAGUUACUGUACGGGCUGCUGGAGCUUGGCCGGGCGGAGAACCUCCGGGAUGAGAUUUACUGCCAGGUCAUCAAGCAGAUCACGGGACACCCCCAGCCGGAGCACAGCGCCCGAGGCUGGAGCCUCCUCAGCCUCCUCACUGGCUUCUUCCUGCCGUCGCCCACCCUGAUGCCCUACGUGACCAAGUUCCUGCAGGACGCUGACCCCAGCCUAGAGCUGGCCCACAGCACCCAAGAGCACCUUCAGCGCACAGUCAAGUAUGGGGGCCGCCAGCGGCUGCCCUGGCCAGGGGAGAUGCAGGCCUUCCUGAAAGGCCACACGGCCCGAAAGUUUCUGAUCCACAUGUCAGGGGGUGUGGACUAUAAGACCAACAUCCAGAUGUUCACGGUGGCCGAGGACGUGCUGGAGGAGCUGUGCGGGCACAUGGGCAUCACGGAGCCACAGGAAGUACAGGAGUUUGCCCUCUUCCUCAUCCAGGGGGAAGGGGACCUGGUGCGGCCUCUUCGGCCCUGUGAGUACCUCAACAGCCUGCUGGGGACCAAGGGCACGAGCCUGCAUAGCCGGCGGCUGGGCUGGGAGACCCCGCUGCACCUGGACCAUCCCACUUACAUCAGCGUCCACUACAGCCAGGUGUUGUUGGACUACCUCCAGGGGAAGCUGCUGGUGAGCGCCCAGGAUGAGGCCCGGCUUGCCCACCUGGCUGCACUGCAGCACCUCAGCAAGGCUGCCUCGGACCCCCUGUCACAGCAAGACCUGCUGCUGUACCUGCCCAAGCCACUGCAGGCGCAGGUGCGCAUGGCCGCUGUAUGGGGCCUGCUGGGCCGGGAGCUGGGCCGGCUGCAGGGACACAGCCCGCUGGACAUGCAGAUCGGCUUCCUCGAGGCCGCCAGGCAGCUGCCCCUCUUCGGCUACACGGUGUACACAGUGCUGCGCUCCAGCGAGCUGGCCCUGCCCAAGCCCUGUCUCCUGGGGCUCCGCCGCCAGGACCUGGUCCUCAUGGACUCCAGCUCCCAGACUCCCUGCUUCUCCAUCACCCUGAAGGAGGUGAAGCGGCUGCGCCUGAUGAGCCCCCUGGAGGGGGGUGGCGCCCCGGGGCUGGAGCUCAACUACGGCUCCUCAGACCGGCCCCACACCAUCUGGUUCGAGGUGCAGCAGGCCCAGGAGCUGCAGCACACCAUCGUCUUCCUGCGGGACAGCCACUCGGCCACAGGGCCUUAGGGGGCCCAGGGCUGUGCCCAGAAAGGGACCCACUGCAAGGCACUGUGGCUAGCCCAUGUGGCAGCUGACAACCAAGCAGCUAUGGCCAUC